UUUUGCGAUUACGAACGGACGGAUUGCUAUAUUGCUAAUUGCUAUUUAAUUACGCACAUAUCCAGAGUGCACGAUGAUGAAAUAACUUUACAGAGAGCUAACCUAUAUUCAAGUGUAGUAGAUAAGAAUCGACACAUACAGGCGCACUCAAUCUCAGUGUAGAUUAGUUCGUCUGGUUGGACGGUAUAUUUUUUUAUCUGGAAAAUGCGCGAGCAUGCGAGCAUCUCAGUUCAAGCUGACUUUGUUUAGUUCGUCGCGCGGGAAGCUGCUGGCCGGGUGAAGAUCGAUAGCUAUGACUGAUUAUUUAUUUUAAAAAUAAAGUGACAGUCCGCGAGUGUUUAAAAAAAAAUCGCAAUGGAAUCGGCGGGAGUUAUUUCAGGAUUGUUUCCCGAGUAUUUAGUUAGUUUUGUGGAUGAACUGGAUGAGCAUCCCUGGUUGUUCGCUUCCCUGGCGUCAAUUCUAGUGGGUCUGAGUGGGAUUUUACCUCUUUUCAUCAUCCCAAUCGACGAGACAGCAUCUUUCAAGGAUGGAUCUGGCGCGGCUACACUGCGGAUUCUUCUAAGCUUUGCCGUGGGUGGACUACUUGGAGAUGUGUUUCUACAUUUGCUGCCGGAGGCGUGGCAACACGACUUUGCUUCUACGAAAGAAGGCGAACACGUAUCAAUGAAAUGCGGCCUCUGGUGUCUCUUCGGCAUGCUGGUCUUCAUCGUGGUGGAGAAGCUCUUCGCCGCCUCCGAGGGAGACGAGGAAGAACCUAAACAGAACGGCUCCAUCAAACAGAUAGAGAUAGAGGAGAUAGAUAAGCUGCUGACGGCGGAGAAGAGGAAACGGGGCCAGUCCGAGGGGGAGGGGAUUUGUGCGGGGAACGGGAUCGUUACAGCUAAACAGCUGUAUGAUUCCUGUGUGUUCAAUAAUAAUACUAAAGGAGAAGGCGGGUGCUGCAGUAGCGGCUCAAUAGCUAACGGCUCGCCACAGCGGUGCGGGAAAGGCAACCGAUGGAUGGGGCGGUGCCUUCUACGAGAAGCAAGGGAGAAAGCACUAGCAGCUGCCAAGGAGAAACCUGAGAGGAAAGACGUGGCAGGCUACCUGAACUUGAUGGCCAACUCCAUCGACAACUUCACGCACGGGCUGGCGGUCGGCGGGUCUUUCCUUGUAGGCUUCCGCGUCGGCCUGCUCACUACUUUCGCUAUCCUAGUACACGAGAUCCCGCAUGAGGUGGGCGACUUCGCCAUCCUACUGAAGAGCGGGUUCUCGCGCUGGGAGGCGGCUAAGGCUCAAUUCGCGACGGCAUCAGCGGGCCUGAUCGGAGCCAUGACAGCCGUAAUAUUCAGCGGAGCCAGGAAUGCCAUCGAGGCAAAAACAUCCUGGAUAGUCCCGUUCACAGCAGGCGGGUUCCUGCACAUCGCGCUGGUGACCGUGCUGCCGGACCUGCUGCGGGAAGAAGACAAGUGGGAGUCGCUCAAGCACCUCGCUGCACUCGUUGCCGGCAUCGUGGUCAUGGCUAUCAUGACGUAUUACUUUGGAUAGGUAUCCAGGCCCGGAUUUAGAUACCUAGGGCCCCUAGGCACUUAUUAUGGAACUCCCUUCUCCACCUCAAAACCGUUGCUAGGUUGCCCGGGCCCCUAGGUCCCGGCCUAGCCUAGGGGGAAAUCCGGCCCUGUAGGUAUCUGAAAGUAGGUUGUCCCAGCAGUUUUUUUAAGAUAUCCCAAUGUUAUAUUAUGGACAACCUUAACAUAUGAACAUUUUUUAAAUAUUGUAAGUAUAUAAAGUGCAGUGACUACAAAAACGGAGCCUCAACGUCAAUCACCGGUAACGUUGAACGUCAAAUUCCAUAAAAUACUAGUAACAUUCAGAAGCUGCUCUAACUUUUUUGUCAAAAGAUUUUCAUUACUUUGGUUUAAAAAAAAUUGCCUCAAAAGGUUGACUCUGUUUAAGAGAUUGAGAAUGAAAAAAGUUAACAUGCGACACAGAUUUCUAAAACAGCCACUACUAUUUCUUUAAAAUGGAUAUCUCGAAUAUAAAGCCUGACCAGGAAUAUAUGAUCACGCGCCAUGUUGCGAAAUUUCACUGAAACUAAUUUUUUCAUACUAUACUGAAAUGUCACCCUAUACAUGAGAAUGAACAGCGCCCUCUUGACAUUGAUCAUAUAUUACUGGCCAGGCUUUACAUAGCAAGCAGUAUUCGAAUAGUUUGGUCAAGCGAUGAAUAGUUUGGUUUACAUUAUUGAAAACAAUUUUCAUUCAUUCUAAAUUUAUAGCAUUAGCUUUACACGCGUAAAUACUCCGUGACAGUCGAGGCAUAAAUAUGUACACGUUAUUUUACUUAUGGUACCUAUAUUUCAGAUCUCGACGUCACAAUAAUGAAUAUGUAAAUAUUAUUGUUACUAUAUCAUAGUUUUAAUAUUCACGUACGAAAAAAUGGUGCCAUGUAUUCGGUGCAUCAAAAACAAUUAUUAAUUGUAAAAUAUUAGUAAUAUUACUAAUAUUGUCAUAUUUUAAAAAUGGCAUGUCAAUUUGAUCACUAUCAUAUCAUCAACAUCAUAUACUAUAAUUUUUAUUGUACGUCAGGAGAUUACAAUGUUUUUUAACUGAUGAGGAUCUACAAAUGAAUGUAGAGAAAUAUAUCUUAAAAAUGUACCUACCCCGCCUGCAUUGCCAAGAAACGUUCAAAUCACACUAGUAAAUAAACAUACCUAGCCAAAGAGUAAUAGAAUUAACAAUCGACAUAUUAAUUACUCGUAUAUUUUGACUUUUCAUGAACACAUUUUUUCUCACACUCAUCGUCACAUCUGUGUGUUCGAGUUUGUUCUGUAUCAUGUCAAAUGUAUAUGUUUUAUAGUCGAAAAUAAGUUUAAGUAAAUAUUUAAAGAAGAGAUUGAUUUAUCUCCACUAUAAAGUAAUAACGAAGUUAUAGAUGUUAGCUAAACAAGUCACCAUUUAAAACCCAAUAAAGUUCGUAAAAAUAACAAGCAACAACAAGCGUGUUUUUCCGGUUAUUAUAACUUAUUUUUGAUGCCCUCACAUUUACUUGUAAGUUUAUAUUUAUACAUUAAUGUACAGUAUAUUUUUGUAAAUACGACAAUCAUGAAAUAUAUAGGAACUAGCUAUAGUACAAAUAUUACUCCACUUGCCAUGUGAUACUUUUUGUAAAUAUAAGUUUAUAUUACAAAACUGCUUUGUAAAUUACGUUCAAUUAUGUUCAAAUAAAAAAUAUGUAAAAUAUAAAAGUUGAAUUAAAUUUUGCAUAACUACAUAUGUUAAAACCUAGCAAUUUUUUUUACUAUUAAUUCAUUGACAUGUAGUUUAUUAUGUAUGUAGUUAAUAAAAAUUAAUAUGAGUUCAAACACUAUCCAUAAACAAUUAUUUAGUUAGAAUAUAUUAGUGUAUGAUUUACUUUGCCUAAUACUAACCCAAGUUAUGUUGCAUUAAUUAUUAAUACCUUGCAUUUCAUUGUAGUACGUAAUAAUAUGUGAUAAAAUCGCCAUUUAGUAUUGUAGUCCGUUAAACAAGGGCCUAAAAUUUCCAAAAUUGUUGAAUUGUUGGCCCAGUUAACGGUUGUGUAAAAUUGUUUUUAAUUACUGUUGGAAAAGAAUAAAGGUACUUUGAAGUGGA